UUCCGCUUCCGGUGUCAUGGCCGACUCCUCCACGGAAGAGCGGCCUGCCGCGGAGGGUGGGAAGAGGCAGCAGUUUGGGAACCGUUUCCUGAGCGACCCGGCGCGCGUCUUCCACCACAAUGCCUGGGACAACGUGGAGUGGUCGGAGGAGCAGGCGGCGGCGGCGGAGGCCCGAGUCCGGGAGAACAGCGCGCAGCGGGUGUGCCCGGAGAAGCGAGUUGAUUAUGAGAUUAAUGCCCACAAAUACUGGAAUGACUUUUACAAAAUCCACGAAAAUGGGUUUUUCAAGGAUAGACACUGGCUUUUUACCGAAUUCCCAGAGCUGGCUCCUCACGAAAGCCAAAAUCACUUGAAGAAUUUGCCACCAGAGAAUAACAAACCAGAAACAUCUGAACAUAAAAGCAGUGUGGAUGGACCUGGUUUAGUAAUCGAAGAACAGCCUAAGUGUUCCUCAAACAGUCUUGGACUUAAAACACCUUCUGUGGAGAAGAAUGUAACUCAGAAAUUUGGUGAUCUGGAAAUCUGUGCUGAAGCAUUCCCUGGCUUCUCAGCCACCUACCGAAUACUCGAGGUUGGUUGUGGUGUGGGAAACACGGUCUUUCCUAUCUUACAAACCAACAAUGACCCGAGUCUCUUCGUUUACUGCUGUGAUUUUUCUUCGGCAGCUGUGGAGCUAGUCCAAACAAAUCCAGCCUAUGACCCUUCCCGGUGCUUUGCCUUUGUGCAUGAUCUGUGCGAUGAGGAGAAGAGCUACCCACUGCCCAGCGGCAGUCUCGAUGUCAUCAUCCUCAUCUUUGUUCUUUCAGCAAUUGUUCCAGACAAGAUGCAGAGCGCCAUCAGCAGGCUGAGCAGGCUUCUGAAGCCCGGAGGGAUGAUGCUUCUGCGAGACUAUGGACGCUAUGACAUGGCUCAGCUUCGCUUUAAGAAAGGUCAGUGUCUGUCUGAAAAUUUCUAUGUGAGAGGUGAUGGCACCAGAGUUUACUUCUUCACACAAGAUGAGCUGCACACACUUUUUACUGCUGCUGGACUGGAGCGGGUUCAGAACCUGGUGGAUCGCCGCUUGCAAGUGAACCGAGGGAAGCAGCUGACAAUGUACCGGGUGUGGAUUCAGUGCAAGUACCGCCGGCCUCCUGUGCCCGACACCAGCAAAGAGACACCCGUUGCUGACAUGCUGCCUGCUCAGCAGGGCUCCUGAAAGAACAGCCACAGAUGUUGUCUUCUUGCUGUUGGGCAGUUCAGAUGCCCAAAAAGACCUUAACCUUGAACCUAGGAGAAAUUGUUUUUCUGGAUGUUUUUUUUUUUUUAAUUAAAACUGAAAAUUCUACUUUUCAUUUGUGAAACAUUUUAAUACACAUUUUUUGCAUGA